UGUGCGUUUAAACAUACAACCGGCACUCGAGUGAAAGAGGUCAAGUUAAAUAAAGUGUGUUUUAUGGAUGAAACUCUGAUAAACUUGAGAUGUGCGGGAUUUUUGUACAGUUAAUCGAGUUUAAUCCCAGUGUGUGUCCUCUAUUAACUGGCUACAACGUUAACAACAGCAACAACAACAACACUAGCAAACCGAGAAGUUUCAGCUCCUGUGUAACUUUAGAGGAAACUGUGGAAAUAACAUCGCGUUCCGUCUCUAACUACCGACAGCACUGUUACACCCAAGUGCUGAUGUUUUCUCCCAUCUACUGCUACUGUUAAUGAACAGCUUCAACAAUGGCUUGGAUUUGGUUUCGCUUUUGUAAAACUUCAUCAUCUUCAGUCUUCACCCGACUUCACCCAGAGCUUCAGACUCUUCCUGGCUGGAGAUGGAGGAAUCCAGCAGCACGGCUCUUCUCACCUGAUUUAAAUCGAACCCCGAGCAGUUCAUCUCAUCAUCACACAGCUCACGUUGUGAGACCCCUUGUCCCUGCUCCAGUGUGUGUCCAUCAGCUUCCUGUCCGCUUGCCUGCUCUCUCUGGUCCUGGGAAGGGGUUUCACACCUCGGCUGGACUUCAUGCAGCGCCGCCUGUGGUGCUCUGGUUGCUGAUCAAACCUCUGCAGAAGGUCACAGCCAUCAUCCUGGGCAGAGGUGUCAGGAGAUGGUGGAAGGCUUUGCCACCCAAUAAGAAGCAGGUCAUUCGUGAGUGGACGUGGCAGCGGCGCUGGCGUCUGACAGGAGUUGGCACGGGAGUGCUGCUCUUCAUCUCGCUUUUCUUCCUCACCUAUAUGGAAGAGAGUCCUGUGACUGGCAGGAGCAGAUUACUGUUUUUUAGCAAGGAGGACUUUAUUAAGCUGACCGAACAAGUCGCAGAAAUGUAUGUAGAAGAAUAUGGAAACUCGUUCAUCUCAGAGUCGGACCCCAGACAUCUUGUGGUUAAGCAAUUGGUCCAACAUUUGGUGGAUAGAAACAAGGAUAUCGAAGGGAUGAAUGAUUUACCCUGGACUGUCCAUGUGGUGGAAGAGCCCAUUGUCAACGCUUACGUCGUCCCUAAUGGCAUGAUAUUUAUCUUUACAGGAAUGCUGGAAGCUGUCGAAGACAUCCAUCAGCUGGCUUUUGUCCUGGGGCACGAGAUGGCCCAUGCUCUGCUCGGUCAUGCCGCGGAGGAGGCCACUUUGUCUCAUGUUCUGGAUGUGUUAUCUAUGCUCCUGUUGACAAUGAUCUGGGCGAUUUGUCCUCUAGACAGUCUGUCUUUGUUGGGUCAGUGGAUUCAAGGCAAACUAAUCGAGAUGUUGUUUCAAAGGCCUUACAGUCGGAAUCUGGAAACAGAGGCUGAUGAGGUUGGACUGCAGCUUGUUGCUAAGGCGUGUGUGGAUGUGAGAGCCAGCCCUGUGUUUUGGCAAAAGAUGGAGUUAAACAACCAAUUAACAGAAGAGCCAACUGUGCCCGAGUGGUUUUCCACUCACCCCUCCCACCGAAGUCGCGUCACACACCUUGACCGCCUCAUCCCAGAGGCUAUAGAGCUCCGUGCGAGAUGCGGCUGCCCUGCUCUUACUGACCCAGAUCCCCGUGUUGUCUUUUCCAAGAGUGUGCAACUGUUGCUUGAGGAUGUCGAGAAAAAAACAAAAAAAAGGAAAAAACUGACGGAGAAAGAAAAAGCAGCAGGAACACAGCAGGGACUCAAGUCUCCGUUAGGGGCAGCGUUGGCGAUAUCAGCGCAACAGCAGCCUCUGCUCAGGAAAGAAGGCUUAACUGAAAUCAACCUGCUGCGUAAAGAGGUUUAACCAAUAAUGAAGGUUAUUUUAUAUGAUAUGAUUAUAUUAUAUUAUAUGAUUUAUAAACUUACUUUAUUCAUUUUUCAUUUCUCUGUAUGGUCAGGAUAAACUGUGUGUCAGUCUGGUAGUAAUAUGUAAUAUGGGGAUAAAAAAAAAUUAGGAAGGGGCGAAUACUUUUUCACAGCAAUGUAGGUCCAUUUUUUCCAUACUGACCGUCACAUGAAAUUUUUCUACUGUAUAUGUAUAUUUCACUAUAAGGAGUAUGGGCAGAUAUGAAAAUGCAAAAUAUGUCAGCUGCUACUUUACCUAUGAAUGUGAAAAUCAUAUGAACAAGGCAGUGGACUGUAUCAUAAAUGUACAGAUUAGCUUAAUGUCCUCAGUCAAAUGAAGCUAACUUUUAUAUAUUUUUUUUUACAAACGCCCAAAAUCAGCCUGUGUACCAUGCUUGGUGUGAGUACAGACCUCUUCUUGAUUGGUACUGAAUGUAUCCUAAGAAAAUGUUAUAAUUUACGAAAUACAAGGAACAGCUACUGCACAAGUUCCUGUUUACAGUUGUAUGCAACUGUAUUAAAAUAUAAUAAUGAAUAACAUAAUUAUUAGUUGUAGCUAAAAAUAAAUAUGUAUUUAAUAUUAAUGUAUAUAAUAUUUACUUGUUGUUGCAGGGCUGGUAUGAGUGUAUAUGUUUGCAACAAUAUUUACUAUACUGUAUUUAGGAAUUUAAAUUAAAAAGUAGGACCACAAUAGGGCAUGUCGAGCCUAUACUGACCUUUCAGAACAUUAGCAAGUUCACUGACAGGUAUAUUCGUUUCUCAGUAAUGUCUGUCAUUGAUACUGCACCUUGCCAAUGUUAAAUUCUCAGAAGGUUCACAAUCACAGGGAUGAGAAACCUCAGUGAUACGUAGGCAACCAUGUUCCAUGACCACAAUUCCAGAAAUGUUAGAGACUUAAUGGAAAUUGGCAACUAAACAAAAAAGCAGUCAUCUGUAGUCGCAUCACACUGUACUAUAUUGAAAACUUUUAUGGCAACUCAUUAUUUUAUGAAUUACCAUGUGAAUUUAAUUGUUUCUUGAAAAUAUACACUCUUCUCAAAUCUUCAACAUCCUGUAAAAAGCUUGGGACAGUUGACUGUUUAUGCAUUUCCCCCUAUUCUUCCAGUAUGCAUUAUGCUUGAUUGUACACAUACUUUGUUCCCGUAUUAUGCACUUCAUUAUGUAUCAGACAUUUUCAUUUGGAGCAGGCAGGCCAGUCUAGCACCUAGCAGCCCUGCAUGUGUAAUCUGAGCAGAAUGCAUUUAAGCAUUGUCCUGCUGGAAAAUGCAGGGAUGUUGCUGAAAAAAUGGUGUUUGGAUGGCAGCAUAUGUUGCUCCAAAAAGAACAGAUUUUACUGCAUUAAUGGUGCCCUCACAGAUAUGCAGUUUACCCAUGCCACAGGCACUGGCACACUCCCAUACCAUGACUGAUGCUGGCUUUUGGACCUGACGCUGAUAACAGCUUGGGUGAUGCUUUUCCUUUUUGACCCAGAGAACAUGACAGCUGUUGUUUGCAAAAACUAUUUGAAAUGUUGCCUCAUCGAGUCACAAAACACAUUUCAAGUGUGCCAC